AUGCCUUUCUCUAUCUUCUCCCGCAAGAAACCCACUCGCCGCUUCAACGACUUCUACUCCGACUGGUCCAAAACCCUAACCGAAAACUGCCUCCCUCUCCUCCGCCAAUCCCUCUCCUCCGCCGCUCCCGCCUCCGUCCUCUCCUCCAACGUCGACCUCGUCCUCCGCCACCUCGUCCUGUACUACGAAACCCUAGACCUUGCCGCCGACCACAACACCAUCCCUCACCUCCUCUUCCCUACGUGGCGCAACUCCCUCGAGACGCCGUUCCUCUUCCUCGGCGACAUCCAUCCUUACCUCCUCACCAACCUCCUCCGCUCCUUCAUCGACCGCGAGAAUCAAGAUUCCGACUACGAAGACGAGGACACCCUCCGCUUGAUCCCUGACCCCGUGAGUCAGCCGUUGAAGCUCCCCGCCGCCGCGUGGAGAGAUCCGUCGGACGAGCUGGUGAUGAGGAUUGAUCAGAUUGAGUGUACCAUGAGGCUUAUGGUUCCUGUUUUGAUGGACCGUGUGAGGAAAGCGCAGAGAGGGUUCGUGGCUCGUGUCUCGGAGAAUUGGAUUGGUUCGUAUCAGGUGGGGAAGAAGAGGAAGACGGCGGUUACUACGGCGGCGGCUUCCGGGAGUGUGGAUGAGGCGGCGAAGGGUGAGAUGGAGGAGCUUGUGAGUAUCUUUGUUGACGCGAAUCGUUUGAGGAAGAGUGUGAUCAUGGAUAUUGUUGGAGCUACGAGUGAGCAUCAAGCUGCUCUGUUUCUUGAAGGGUUGUGUCAGUUUCUUGGUGGGUUUAAAGAUCAGGUUCUUCUCCAAGAUUUCGAGGUCGUUGCAUUGCCAAGCUAA